CCUACAACCCUCGACCCAACACACACACACACACACUCCCCAUCUCCUAGCAACCAUCCCGAUCACCAUUGCGCCCGUCGCAUUACAGUCCGCUGCCGCUCCCAGAUUGUCACCGCAGGCUGCCGCAUCAUCUGCAAACUACUCACACGUACUUGCAUUAGUUUCGCUAGAAUUCACUUCUACGCUCUGUAACCCGUCAAUCGCAUCGCAUUCCUGCUCGUCGCCUUCUCGUCGUGCGGUCGCACAUUCGAACCUAUCCUCUCUGCCACUCUAGUCUUCGCCUUAGCCGACACUCGAGAGCCGUCGCGAGGCCAAUACGACGUGAAAAGACCUUUAAGACAACGCCAUCUACCCGACCGCUAAGAUGUUAAUGCCGUCCGCUCUCCCGUGCGACUCGUCGCACCCGCCCGUCACCAGGCUCCAGUCCUCCCUGUUCGCGUCGCCGCCCGCUAGCCCUCCUACGAGCGCGUACAGCGGCAGCGGCAGCGGUAGCACUCUCGGCAACAUUUUCAACUCGUGUCGCGCGCUGCAGUCUAUGCUCACCGUGCCCGGCGCCGCCACGGGCAUCAACAACAAUAUCAACAAUACCAACAGCAACAACACCGCCGGCGCCAUCGCGCGCCGAGACACUCUCCCUACGCCACCCAUGUCCCACACCGCGCUGCCGUCACCGAUGAAGCUGCGCCUGCGGUCGCGCCGGCCGGCCGACAGCGCGAACGGCGACGCUAUCCCGCGCAAGAAGGUGGUAAAACGGCCCGCCGCGCCCCCUCGCGGUGUCAACAAGCGGCGACGCGCCAUCGACGAUGACCCGGGUCGCGACAACGACGACAUCGACAGCGAUCUCGAGGUCGGCGCUGGUUCGGACGAGGCAAGCAGCAGCAGCAGCAGCAGCAAGAAGGAAGUGGAGGAGGACUCGAGCAUGCGACCGAGCACGCCGAAGCGCGCGCGCAUCGCGCCCGAGGUGAUCCCGCUGGGACUCGACCGAGCGGACUUCCACAGCCUGCACGUAGCCAGAGGGGAGGAGACGGAGAACCAAGGGGAGGGGAGAGAGGAGCAGGGCGCCGACGUGGAGGUAGAGGCGGACGGCGAGGAGUGGAGCAAGGAGGACGACCGGAUACUGGUCGAGCUCGUGCUCGAGAAGCUCCGGCUAUCGAAGACGGACUGGCAGGACUGUGCGCGCAGCCUGGGCAAGGACCGCAGCAGCCUCGGGCGGCGGUGGAGGAGCCUGAUGGUCAACGGCGACGUCGGCCUCAAGUCGCGGAGCCGACGAGGCAAGAUUCAUAGCACCUGGAGGUGAGCAAGCGAUUCUCCGACUUGCUCCCUCCAUCACGCGCCACGCGCGCACGCACUCACCCCUUCAUUCGCUUCAUUCCGUUUCCUUUUUGUCGCUACUUUCGAUUAUAUGCAUUGUAUUAUCCUCAGGUCUACCACUUAGACCCGAGCUACAUCUGUACUUCUACUCUUGCAAGAUUGCAAAUAGGGAGGGUUCAAGAGGAGGACAAGGACCGGCGCUCCGGAGGGUUAGGGUCGGAUUGCGUCUUGUUGUUUGCCUGCAUUUCUUCUUGUAAAGCUAGGAUAUCCCAACCCCCCAGCCCCCUCAACAAUAGUUACUGCGCGCAUCAGCGCUCCAUUUGUCUACUGUAGAAGAAGAGAGAGAGAGAGAGAGAGAGAGAGA